AUGUGGAGGCAUCGAGAAAACUGUUUUGUUAGAAAAGCCAAGCUUAGAAAGGCCGAGCAGCAAACAAAGAUAAACUUUCAGCCGGCAGAUGAGCGUUUUUCAACUGUACCACCAUUGCACACGGGCAAAUUCGAUAUGGAAGCAAUGAGAGAGGCUGCUGCACAUUGGAUCUUGAUGCACGAGCAUCCUUUCACAAUUUUGGAGGAAGAGGGUUUCAACAUAAUGAUGAAACGCGGCUGGCCGGAGUGGCAGAAGAUCUCACGCAUGACAAUAAAAAAGGAUUGUACACAGGUGUACGAGAUAGAGAAAAAGAAGUUGAAGAACUUGCUGAGGCAUAAGAGAGUGUUAAAUUUUGUUCAUAUUCGACCACCACGUCGAGAAAUUGAGAUUUCAGAUGCAGUUUUCAAGUGUGCAAAGGAAUGGGGAAUUGAGGGAAAAAUUCACACUAUUUUCGUAGACAAUGCCUCAAACAAUGAUGUGGCUGUGAGAUUAUUGAAAGAUGAUUUUGGCAGAUGCAAGAAGCUAUUAGGUAGGGGAAAGCUAUUUCAUGUUCGUUGUUGUGCCCAUGUUUUGAACCUUAUGGUUCAAGAUGGCUUGAAGGAGAUAGUGGAUAUUUGUGAAAAUAUCCGAGAUAGUGCGGAUUUUGUGAACAAAUCUGAUGGUAGGGCAUUACUAUUUGCAGAAAUUGCUCAACAGCUGCAAAUUCCUGGAAAAAAAUUGCUCCAUGAUUGUAGGACGAGAUGGAAUUCGACAUAUGAAAUGUUGAGUUGUGCUAGAAAAUAUAAGGAGGUUUUUCCUCGUUUUCAAGUUCGAGAGCCCCUUUAUGAGUCUUGUCCAUCUUCAGAGGAUUGGGAGAAAGUUGAGAAAGUUUGCAGGAUUUUAGAGAAAUUCUACACAGCCACGCACAUAAUUUCGGGGAGUGAGUAUCCAACUAGCAACCUAUUCCUCCCUGAGGUUCUAAAGAUGAAUAAACUCUUGGAUGCACGAGUGGAUGAUGAAGAUGACUUUGUUCGGACUAUCUUGGAUCCAAGACAGAAAAUGCGAGCAAUAGAGUUCGCCUUCCCUAAGACGUAUUCCACAUAUGAAGCUCAAGAAAAUAUCACCUACGUUCGAAAAGCCAUCUUUGAGCUUUAUGACGAGUACGUUGCUAUGGGUACAAGUGGAAGUGCAGGAACGGAUAGUUCAUUAAAUGCUACAUCUGAAAUAAGCGAGUUGGUGGAUUACCUAGACAAGCCUCGCCAGCCUACUGGACAAAAUCCAAAGGAUUUCAACUGUUUAGAUUGGUGGAAAAUCAACCGGUCAGCAUACCCGAUACUCUCGCAGCUAGCAGCUGAUGUAUUGGCCAUUCCUAUCACUACCGUCGCAUCUGAGGCCACCUUUAGUGCUGGAACUAGGGUGAUUGAUUCCUAUCGUGCUUCACUUGCUCCAGAGAUAGUCCAAACGUUAAUGUGUGCGGGCGAUUGGUGUAGAAAUUUACACGGGGUCAAAAAGAAAUUAAAAAAACAACAGCAAGCAUUUGCUGUUGCUGUUGUUGUUGCUUUGAUCAGAAACAAUAGCACGCUGUUGUUGCUGCUGCAAUACUUAAACAAUAACAAGCAUUUGCUGUUGCUGUUGUUCUUGCUUUGA